CUGCACAAGCCUUGAUUUAUGCUGGGAUGGCAGGGUCCAACUUGGAAAAUAUUCAAGAAAAAAUAAAUGAGUACUUGGAGAGAGUUCAAGCUCUCCAUUCAGCAGUUCAGUCACAGAACACAGAUCCUCUGAAGUCAAAACAACAGUUGGACUUGGAGCGUGCUCACUUCCUAGUUACACAGGCAUUUGAUGAAGAUGAUAAAGGCAAUGCAGAAGAAGCUAUAGAGUUGUACACAGAAGCGGUGGAACUCUGUUUGAAAACAGCUACUGAAACUUCAGAAGCAGGCCUCCAGUCAAAACUGAAACAGCUGGCUCGACAAGCAUUGGAUAGAGCAGAGGCACUGAAGGAAUCUGUAUCAAAGUCAUCUCAGAAGGAGAAGUCAACUGCAGCUAAACCAAAUCAGCCAGUCAGGACAUUCUUUCCUUUGGGACCUGAUUUUUCUUUAAAUGAUAAACCACAGACAAUCCGAGCAGUACAAGCUAGUGAAUCUCAAGGUCAGAGAUACACUGCAGAGGAGAUUGAAGUACUCAGGAAAACUUCAAAAAUUAAUGGCAUUGAAUAUGUACCUUUCAUGAGUGUUGAUCUGAGGGAACGUUUUGCCUUCCCUAUGCCAUUUUCUGAUAAAUGUGGAAAAUUGCCAUUAUCUCCCAAACAGAAAGCAAUGUUUGCCAAGUGGGUGCGACCAGAUGACAUAACAAAUAACCCUACAAUGAUUUAUACUGUGUCAAGUUUCAGUAUAAAGCAGACAAUAGUGUCAGAUUGUUCUUUCGUGGCAUCACUAGCUAUCAGUGCAGCAUAUGAAAGAAGAUAUAACAAAAAAUUGAUCACAAGUAUAAUUUACCCUCAGAAUAAGAAAGGAGAACCAGAAUAUAAUCCAUGUGGCAAAUACAUGGUGAAGCUUCACAUUAAUGGUGUACCUAGAAAGGUAAUCAUAGAUGACCAGUUACCUGUUGAUCAUAGUGGGGAACUGCUCUGCUCUUAUUCUAACAAUAAGAAUGAAUUAUGGGUAUCGCUAAUAGAAAAGGCUUACAUGAAGGUCAUGGGAGGAUAUGAUUUUCCUGGAUCAAAUUCUAAUAUUGAUCUCCAUGCACUGACUGGUUGGAUACCUGAAAGAAUGGCUAUGCACUCUGACAAUCAAGCUUUCAAUAAAGAUAGUACUUUCAGAAUGCUUUAUCAGAGAUUUCACAAGGGAGAUGUCCUUAUCACAACUGCAACAGGGGUGAUGUCUGAAGAGGAAGGAGAAAAAUGGGGUUUAGUUCCAACCCAUGCGUAUGCUGUCUUGGAUAUAAGAGAAUAUAAG